GGAAAGGUGGGCACAGGAAACCCGCAGUCUCCGAUGCUUCUGCUGUCUGUCAUCCAUGCGCAGAACGGCACCUGCUACCCGAGACCACCGGGAUAUAAGACACACUAACACGCGGAUGGAUGGGACGAACGCUGGGAAAUGAGUUCUGGGGAAAGCAUGCAUGCUGAAAACAUUUAAACAGUUCCUGCUUUGACAGCACUUUGUUCUGAGCUAGAACACACGGUCAUGCCUGACACCUGACAAAUCCUGCGUCCAUUUGCAACUUUCCGAAGUUCCCCUCUCCUCGGCUGGAUUCACGUUACAUCCUCGUUUCUUUCAGUUGUUCUCUGUGUAAGAAAGACGAGACGGCGACUUCAGUUGAUUAUCGCUCUUUUCUCGGUUAUCCGAUGGAUAUUCACUGUAAGGCAGACCCGUUCUCCGCCAUGCACCGGCACGGGGGAGUGAACCAGCUGGGCGGGGUGUUCGUCAACGGAAGGCCUUUACCUGACGUCGUGCGCCAGAGAAUCGUGGAGCUCGCGCAUCAAGGGGUCAGACCCUGUGACAUCUCGAGACAGCUGAGGGUCAGUCACGGCUGCGUCAGCAAGAUCCUGGGCAGAUAUUACGAGACUGGCAGCAUCAAGCCCGGAGUCAUCGGAGGAUCCAAACCCAAAGUCGCCACGCCGAAGGUGGUGGAUAAAAUAGCGGACUAUAAAAGACAGAAUCCCACCAUGUUCGCCUGGGAGAUCCGGGACAGGCUGUUGGCGGACGGGAUCUGUGAUAACGACACCGUUCCCAGCGUCUCCUCCAUAAACAGGAUCAUUCGGACAAAGGUUCAGCAACCGUUUCACCCCUCGCCAGAUGGGACGUCUCUUUCCACCCCAGGACACACUAUAGUCUCCAGUACAGCGUCUCCUCCUGUCUCCAGCUCGUCCAUUGACCCUGUGGGCUCCUACUCCAUCAACGGCAUUCUGGGAAUCCCUCGCUCCAAUGGAGAAAAGAGGAAAAGAGAUGCUGAUGGUUCUGAGGGUUCAGCGCAGAGCAGUGAUUCUCAGGGCAGUGUGGAGAGCCUGAGGAAACAUCUGCGAGCCGAUGCCUUCACCCAGCAGCAGUUAGAAGCUCUGGACCGAGUGUUCGAGAGGCCGGCGUUCCCAGACGUCUUUCCCACUUCUGAACACGUCAAACCGGAGCAGGCGAGUGAGUACAGUCUCCCUGCAUUAAACACAGGCCUGGAUGAAGUCAAGCCCAGUUUAUCCUCCGGCACGACCUCUGACCUGGGCGCCAGCGUGUCACAGAGCUACUCUGUAGGACGGGAUAUGGCCAACACAACCUUACCUGGAUAUCCACCUCACGUCCCGCCCACCGGACAGGGCAGCUACCCAACGUCCACACUGGCUGGAAUGGUUCCUGGGAGUGAAUUUUCAGGGAAUCCCUACAGCCAUCCACAGUACACGACCUACAACGAAGCCUGGAGAUUCAGCAACCCAGCAAUACUGAGUUCCCCCUAUUAUUAUAGUGCAUCCAGAGGCUCCGCCCCCCCAACUGCUGCCACUGCCUAUGACCGCCACUAGUUACCACGGAAACCAGUUUAGGCGGCACACCCAUGGACUCGGACUUCAUAUUCUGCCAGUGUAAGCAGUGCAGCUGAUUGGACAGAGUGGUUUCAUGCGGUCACAUGAUGAAGGACAGACCAAUCAGGAACAAAAACAUCUCAACGACAAUUCAGCCAUUCACGCAGGCCUCGACGGGCUUCCACACGUGACUCAUAAAAAUGA